CGUCAAGAUGACUACUAGCAAGCUCCAGAUCCCCGUCGUCUCCAUCAUCCCUGGUAUUGGCGAAGCUGUUCGUCAACAAUUAGCGUCGUCAACAGCCUCGUCCCCGGCUGCUGAGAUGUACAAGUCCAACCAGCUCGAGAUCGUGGAGCUACCGCUGCCCGUGGUCUGUCCUCCCAGUGCCAGCAACAACCACCAGCCUAAAGGAGUCACUGUACAGGCUGUCGCCACCGCGCCUCUGUGGAACCUUGACCAUAAGCAGCAAUUGAUCCUAGAGCAAGCCGAAGUGCUCCUUAUUGAUGCCCACUUGGCCGCGCCUCUCCUGCUCGCUCCCAAGUCCAAUCUACCGUUCGACCUGCAGCAUCUACUCAAGAAGGUGCGAUGGGUACAGGGUACCUACGCUGGAGUGGAUUCGUAUCACCAGUUUCCUGAAGCUCCGCCCGACCCGGGCUUCACGGUUUCACGUGCAGGUGGCAUCAUGCCGACGGCGCUGGCGCAGUUCGUCUUUGGCUACGUGAUUGCCAUCGAACGCAAGCUCUUCGAGGCCAAGGCGUACCAGGAAAAACGCGUCUUCGGUCGUUGGGAGCUCAAAUAUCGCUCCUUUCGACAGUUGACCGUCGGUAUUCUCGGUCUCGGUGACGUCGGCCAGGAAAUCGGGCGCACGUUCAAGGCGUCCGGGUUCCAGGUGGUCGGAUUCAAACGUUGCGUAAGUAGUGAGGACAGGAAGACACUCGACUCAAGUGCUGAUUGCGUGUCAGCAGAUCUGAGUGAGGUGCUGGAGCAAAGCGACUACGUGGUGAACGUACUGCCCAGUACAGACGCCACUCGCUACCUGCUGACCGAGAAUGCACUGGAAGUGUGCCGAAAGAAGCAGCCAGUUUUCAUCAAUGUUGGCCGCGGCGAUAUCGUCUCGGAAGACACGAUCAUUAACGCUUUGGAGAAAGGUCUACUUUCGAAAGCCGUCUUGGACGUGUUCGAGAAGGAGCCCUUGCCAGAGGAGAGUCCACUAUGGUCGCACCCGAACGUGAUCUUGACGCCACACAUUGCUGGCACUGUUUUCCCAGAGGAUGUGGCUGGUGUUUUCGUAAAGAAUCUCAACCGCUACCUUGAGGGAAGACCUGUGUUGUAUCAAAUGGACUGGUUGGCCGGGUACUAGGCUGAAGGUUUUUUGAGGCUACAUUUUUCACAUCAAAUUUUUCUGCGAUAUGCAUUUUUUUCUGCUCAUCUCAACGAAAUGAGGUC